AUGCCUCGUGGACUCAAUGCGGCGCGCAAGUUGCGCAUGAACCGUAAGGACCAGAAGUGGGCCGACCUCGGAUACAAGAAGCGCGCUCUCGGCACUGCUUUCAAGUCCUCUCCCUUCGGUGGUUCCUCCCACGCCAAGGGCAUCGUCCUCGAGAAGGUCGGUGUUGAGGCCAAGCAGCCCAACUCCGCUAUCCGAAAGUGCGUUCGUGUUCAGUUGAUCAAGAACGGCAAGAAGGUCACUGCUUUCGUCCCCAACGACGGUUGCUUGAACUUCGUCGACGAGAACGACGAGGUCCUCCUGGCCGGUUUCGGUCGCAAGGGCAAGGCCAAGGGUGAUAUCCCCGGUGUUCGCUUCAAGGUCGUCAAGGUCUCUGGUGUCGGUCUGCUCGCUCUGUGGAAGGAGAAGAAGGAGAAGCCCAGAUCCUAA